AUGGCGUCAACGUGCUGCAGACGUGUUUUGGGCUGGAAAGAACUUCGCAACUUGGCUGUGGUUGUAAAGGAUGUUCCAAGAGUCCUCUCUACUAGUGCCAGUAGACCUGGAAAAUAUGAUGACAGCCAUGCCAAAUACUUUCCAGCUAAGGUCACCCCCAUGCUACCCCCGGGCACAUUUGAAGGGAAAACAGCAUUUAUCACAGGUGGGGGUACUGGAUUGGGGAGGGGUAUGGCUACAGUGUUGUCUCGUCUGGGUGCAAAGGUGGUAAUCAGUAGUAGAAAACAAGAUGUUCUUGACAAAACAGCCAGCGAGAUAGCAGAAGAAACCGGAUCAAAGGUGUUGGGGAUAGCUGCAGACGUGAGGGACCCCAUCGCUGUGAGAGCAGUUGUGGACCGAUGUGUCAGCGAAGUGGGUCUGCCACAUAUUGUCAUUAAUAAUGCGGCUGGGAACUUCAUCUCUCCGAGUGAAAGAUUGUCGGCCAACGCGUGGAGAACUGUCAUAGACAUUGUCCUGAAUGGAACGGCUAAUGUCACUUUGGAGCUGGGAAAGCGGCUCAUAGAGGAAGGACAAGGUGCUGCCUUUCUGGCCAUCACCACCAUAUACACAGAGAGUGGGUCAGGCUUUGUAGUGCCCAGUGCUGCAGCUAAGGCAGGGGUCGAGGCAUUGUCAAAGUCUCUGGCCAGUGAAUGGGCUCGCUAUGGCAUGAGAUUCAACUGUAUAGCACCUGGACCAAUAGAGACUAAGGGAGCAUUCAGUCGCUUGGACCCCACAGGGAGUUUCAUGGAAAAGGCUGUGAAGAGGAUAGCAGCUGGGAGGCUAGGGGAGGUGCCAGAGCUGGCUAACUUUGCUAGUUACCUGGUCAGUGAUUAUGCUAACUGGAUCACAGGACAGGUGAUUCGGUUUGACGGAGGAGAGUUCUAUUACUCAGCUGGAGAGUUCAACAGUUUGGUGCAGUUGCCAAAAGAGCAAUGGGACAUGCUGGAGAAGAUGAUCCGGUCGACCAAGGGAUCAUAAUGUGCGCAGGAGUUUGUAGCACCACCAACCUAACCAGAGACACCAAGUAUAUACUACGAGUGAAAUACGUGAUAUGUUUCUAUAUCAGUUAAUGUCAUCAGAUCAGAUGUUCAGGCACUUUUCAAAAACUUAUAACACAAUCAGAAUAUAUCGUACCUAUAUCACCAUCUAGGAGCCAAAAGGCAGGAUACCCGGGUUCAAACCCGGGUCGGGCCAUUUUUAUAAAUUCUGCUUCGCUUUUCGCUCAGCCCUGAGUGGUGAGAGCCAACAAACAGGACUGGUUGGCCUGGUGUCAAUGUAAUGUGACCGGGUCGGGUGUCAUGUCUGGUGUCAUCUUCAGUGGCGAGAGCAAUUUGGAGGCAUGGACUCACCCUGCCACAAGAAAACACAUUAUAUGUCCACAGACCUAACGACUCCUCGUCGUCAUAUAACUGAAAAAUUGCUAAGCACGACCUUAAAAGCCAAGCAUUCAUUCAUUCAUUCACCAUCUAGGGGAUAUUAUUAGAGGAGGAAACAAGUAGUGGAUGUGACACAAUGUCACUGGCCGCAGGACGAUACUUAUUCAUGUAGAAUGGCUCAGAUAAUCGUUUUUCAUAUUAAUGUAAUGUAAACACGAAUACACAAUAAAAUCAGCGAUGUUAUUAAAGACAUUUUCUCUAGAAAAAGGUUCUCUGUUUUAUUUUCGCUCAUCACAGAGGACUUGACUGUCUUGAAUACCAAACGAGAUGUUAAAUGAGUCUGUAUGAAAACAUAAAAAUAACUGAUUCUUGGACGCGUUUGCCAAAAAGAAAAAAAAUACUGAACAAAUGUUGUAUAGGAAGGCGAGUCUUGUUCACUAUUGGUGGAGCAACGAUUGUUUGUUAACCACCAAACACAAGCCGGAUGUAGUCAUAUAUCGUGGCUAGGAACGCGGCAUAUUAAGGAGAUUAAGUCUUAUCACGGUGACCCCAGUAACCUCGGCGUUGUUCAAGAUUUCUGUGCAAAAUUCACUAGUGGUAGCAAUACUGUAAAGCAAACGUAGUAUGACCUUUGAGUGGGGCGGCAUGCGUGAUUUGUAAG